AAGCAUCUGCACCUCGGGACAACCAUGCUGUCUGAAUGCUGUGCAAACUCGGUGGCCAUAUUUGGAAAUACAGUCGGAAUACCCGUGCCCGAGUGACCCACCUCAACUAGUCGUAUCUACAAGCCGCUCGCCUUACCCAGAAAUGUAGGCUAACGUUCCUUUCUCAUGGCCACGAAGGUGGCGGUGAGCGCCCCCCACCUACCAUUCUUCGUUUUCGGCACCGUCUGCCACACUGCAUUUCAAGCUUUUACUCCCUGCUAGCGGAACGGCUAUGAAGUAACAUUAUUGCAACACACCGCCACCACGUCCGCCCAAGCUCUUUGCUGACGAUGGUGGACACGGCUACUCACUCCGGUCCGUGGUCGGUUGGACGCCCUGUGCGCUGCAGUAUCUGUGGUGGUACAAAAUGAUGAUGUCUUUGAGGGAUGCACUGGACAUUCUUCCAGGAAUUCCGGGUAGAUAUUUCAGGGGAAAUGGGUUGGAAAAACGUCGAUGCCAUCAUCGAGGGUAAGCUGUACCUUGGAAAUACCCACGCAGCUCGAUCGUCGCGGUCGUUAACUGAACGCCGGAUCACUCAUAUUGUGUCUGUUUGUUCCGACCCUAUUCCAGCUGAGGUUCCUGAAUCUGGAAUCUCUCACCUGCGAAUUCCUGUGGAAGAUGUCGAUUUCGCAGAUCUCCUCAUCCAUCUGCCCACAGCCUGUCACUUUAUCGACCAGGCCAUAAGCAGCGGGGGCACCGUCCUUGUACAUUGCCACCAAGGUUUGACGCGAAGUGCUACUGUAGUUGCGGCUUACCUAAUGUGCACUCGGAGAAUCGACACCACCCAAGCUAUGUCGGUGGUUCGAGAAGCACGAGAGCAAGUCUGGUUCAAUGCCGGGUUCCAGGAACAAUUAGUUCUAUUCGAGCUCUGUAGAUACCAGCCAACCACGGCAAACCCGUACUACGUGGGAUGGCGCCACAAGAUCGACAUGCAUCUUGCUAACCAACAGUGACAUAAGUCCCCGCCCCUGUCACAUCUCCCACCUGCAUCACCCUCCUUAAAAGCAUUUUUCAAUACUGUACUGGUAUAACAUGCUUAAUUGUGCUCAUAGAAGAUGUAUUCCUCCUUCAUAUCGGUUUUCUUUUUCCUCCUCUGCCAGUCAAUCUCUGUUGUUUUAGCAUACACUUGUUUUCUCAUACGGUCACUCGUGUAAUCGCAUCUUUUCCACACGCCAUUCGCUGUAAUUACACACUAAUUCACGGGCCAGCUUUACUGUCUCUUGUCUGAACGUUUUCUUACCGUAAUCGACCGCCACCCCACACGGG